CAGAGCAUGCGAGUGACGCCUGGUGUUUCGAGUCGUGCUUCAGUGACGGCCAUGUAACUGUGUUGUAAUAUGCGGCAAUUACCCUGUGUGUUCCUGCUACUGCAGAUUCUUGGUAAAUGCUCGGAGUGUAGAAUCAGUGGCAACGCAGAAGUCACGUUACUAAAAUGUUGCCGUCACGGUGAGAUCUACGAUGAUUACGACGACUGUAAAGCGAUCGAGUCAGGAGCCCCUCCUUGGACACCGAUAAUCUACUCACCGUCGCUUCAGAAGUUUUUAGAUCAUGGUACAACGCCCUCACAUUGGCGCAUCGAAGACGCGUCAAGACCAAAGUGCAACAAUAAUUGUGGCGAAACGAAAAUACGGUCACAUUUCAAGAACCCGGCAUUUCUUCUGUUCGAUAAUGGAUCGCUUUUUCUUACAGAAUUUAUAAAGUUUUUAUAUCCCGGUAGCUUCUGUGUUGAUUCAGGUGUAGCUUUUGUUUGUGAUGUUGAUAACUGUGUUGAUCGUAAGGGUAUCGGAGGACAAAGCUCUUCCUUUGAUGGCGUGCAGACUAAAUCCCGUGUGAAGAAAUGUUGUGGUAAAGGAGCUGCCUACAGUGAAGUUAAAGCGUCCUGCGUGGUGCAUUCUAACCUGACGAAACCCGAACAUUUCUCGUCGUUACGCGUUAACAACAUGACGAUGGUUCUUACAGCGGGUUUCCCGACAUGCAGCAGUCAUGAGUUCGUUGUGCCAGCCAAGCUGGAUGAGCAUGAAUCCUCCCUGAAAGACGACGGGUCGUUGCACAUGCGGGCGCUGGAGAUUACGUUGUUACCAGGAGAAUUCUGCCUCGAACACUUACUGGAACAUCCCGCGGAUAGGGCGAGCAUUUUCACGUGUCCUGAGAAUCUGCAGGGGGCCGAUGGAAAUUGGGACUUGAGGUUUACGUUGUACCCCAUAGGAUUGUUCCUGUCUGCCUUCUUCCUGGCCGCCACCCUCGCCGCGGGAUGUCUGCUUCCCAGUUCUCAUCACAUGUUGCAUUGGAAGUGCCAGACGGGUCACGUGUCUUGUCUCCUCAUAGGCGACGUUCUACUUGCAAUCACUCAGCUAGCAGACAGGAGGGUGUCCGGUGAGGUUUGUGUCACCCUCGCCGUAUGCAUGCAUUUCUUCUUCCUGGCAGCAUUCUUUUGGCUGAACACCAUGUGCUUCAACAUCUGGUGGACAUUCAGGGAUCUGAGACCUACAAGUUUGGACAAGGGGCAGGAGACAUUUCGACUGAGACUGUAUCAGCUGUAUGCCUGGGGAGGACCUCUGCUUAUUGCAGGAAUAGCUGCCAUACUUGACAAUCUUCCCGAAGAAUCAUAUUCCUCCUUUCUCAGACCUCGAUUUGGUCAAAAGCGAUGCUGGUUUUACGGGGAUAUGGAGAUAUUUCCAUACUUCUAUGGACCAGUUGGCGUGCUGUUGCUGAUAAACCUAAUACUGUUUGCUGCUACGGCCCAUGAGCUGACGUGCGGUCUGUGGAAGAGGGAGGUGGUCAAAUCUAACACCGAGAGAGCUACCCUGGGCCGAGUCUGUUUGAAGCUGGUUGUGGUAAUGGGACUAACUUGGGUGGCCGAUGUGAUUUCGUGGGCUGUAGGAGGCCCACAUUACAUCUGGUAUGUGACUGAUCUUAUGAACGCGCUGCAGGGCGUGUUCAUCUUCGCAGUGGCUGGCUGCCAGCCUCAAGUGUGGUCUGCUGUAAACAGACUGUGGUGUCUGCUUCCACAGCGCACUCAGAGGACAAACAGGGGGCACCACCUCUCACUCUAUUCGCAGGGCCCGCCAUCCCUCGGAGACUCCGUCACAAACAACCACUCGACCAAGACGGCGCACCUCGAGACCCUAUGUUAAUGAAUUGUGCAGCGUGUUCCAGCUAAGGAACUUGACGAGAUCGCCUGACAUCAUAAAAUAUUGGAAAGGAAAGUUAUAUAUUCGCUUUCUUAAUAAUUUUUAUAUAUAUUAAACUAGAUGCUGCUACUUCCUUAAAUAUUAGAUACUGACUGUAUAAUUCUUAGCUGGGAUAUGAAAUCCACACGUUACAGCGUAAUGUUUUACGUUACCACAUACACCAAAAUUUUUACAAAUAAUGAAAAGCCAAAAACACCAUCCCACCAAGUGAAGUAGAACUAUAUUUUUUCUGCUUAAGAGAGGACAAGACUGAUGCUGCUUUAAGAAUGGGGCUGUCUAGAUUUUAUCCGAGGAAACUUAUCACUCUGAAGGAAACGUACAUUACCAUUCCUUAUUUAAAUGAUAAUUUUCCUUUUAAGAUUGGCGACAGACAAUUUAAAAUUAUGUCAGUAAUUUUUAACAAUCGUCAAGCCAAUAAUGCUUUUCAUUGUUCUUGAACAACAUUAUAUACUUAUGGUACCUGCACCUUGUCGUGAUGGUGGGGCUCGAGUAUGUCAGUGACCCCAAGAGCUACUGGUAGGGCCUCCCUUGGUCAAGGGGGUACCCUGGUCCUCCAGGUUGGGGG